AUGAAGGGAGAGUUUGUUGCCGCCGCCCUGGCGGCGUUGGCCAGCGGCGUCUCGGCCGCCCACCACCGUCAUGCCCACGAGCACCUUUUCAAGAAGGGUCUGAAUGAUACCGCCGCCGUGUGCACUCCCGGCUGUACUACCAUCUGGAAGACCAUGACUGGCGAGCCUACGCUCGUCGCACCCUCCACCAAGACCCAGACUCAGAUCCUCACGGUCACGCCCUCUCCCAAGACUUCUUCUAUCCAGGCACCGCCUCCUCCCCCUCCGACGACCCAGGCUCCUCCACCACCGCCUGCCACCACCGAGAUUGUUGUGGUGCCUACUCCCGUGGUUACUACGUGCCCGACCCCCGGCACCUACACCUUCCCGGCAACGACCGUUACUAUCCAGAAGACUACCACUGUCUGCGAUGCCACGUCGACCAAGGUUCCUUCUGGUACUCACACCAUCGGUGGUGUCACCACUGUCGUCGUGACGGCCACUACUGUCACCUGCCCCGUCGCUACUAUUCACACCAGCGGUAGCGUCACCACCAGCACCAUUGUCCAAACUACCUACGUCUGCCCCAGCGCUGGUACAUACACAAUUGCUCCCAUCAUCACCACCGUCAGCAAGGAGACCGUCAUCGUCUAUCCCACUCCUGCUACCUAUAGCCCAGGUACCUACACUGCUCCGCAGCAGGUUGUCACUGUCACCAAGACCGGCUUCGUUUAUAUCUGCCCGCUGACCAGCAAGGGCCUGACAACCUCAACCCCGGUUUCAACUUCAACUCCCGCCCCGGCUCCCACUUCUGUCAAGACCCAGGCUCCUCCCCCUCCCCCCGUCAAGACCACUGAAGCUCCCAAGAAGUCCGAGACUCCCCCUCCUCCUCCCGCCAAGACCUCUGAGGCUCCCAAGAGCUCCCAGGCUCCUCCACCCCCGAACAACACCGGUGGCGAUCUGGUCAGCAACAAUGACCACUUGGGAAUGACCUACACUCCCUAUGUUGGCUCCACUGGUCAGUGCAAGACGGCCGACCAGGUCGACUCUGAUAUUUCGUCCAUCAAGAAUGCCGGUUUCUCCGUGGUUCGAGUCUACUCGACUGACUGCAACACAUUGGAGAAUGUCGGUAAUGCCUGCUCCAAGUAUGGCAUGAAGAUGAUUGUCGGUGUCUUUGUCAAGAGCUCUGGUUGCAGCAUCAAUACUCCCGAUAUCAAGGAGCAGGUUGACAAGCUCGUUGCGUGGGGCAAAUGGGAUAUUGUCGUGCUCCUGGUCGUCGGUAACGAGGCCAUCAUGAACAACUACUGCUCCCCCGAGCAACUCAAGCAAUUGAUUACUGACGUCAAGGGAAAGUGCUCAAGCAAAUUCAGCGGCAAGGUCACCAUCUCUGAGACUCUGAACAUUUGGCAGCGCGAGGACGUGUCCUCCCACCUGUGCUCCGAGGUUGACAUUACGGGUGCCAACAUUCACCCCUACUUCAACAACGGAGUCGCUCCUAGUGAGGCCGGUCAAUUUGUCAAGGGCCAGAUUAGUAUUCUUCAGAAGAUCUGCAACAAGUCUGUCAUCACUCUGGAGGUCGGAUGGCCCUCGGGCGGCCUGGACAAUGGCCUCGCCGUGGUCGGACUCGAUGCGCAGUCCAUCGCUGUCAAAUCGAUUCGCGAGCAGUGUGGUAACGAGGUCAUCUUUUUCUCUUUGGAAGACGACCGCUGGAAGCAGAAGGGCAGCUGCGGUUGCGAGGACAGCUGGGGUCUCGGUAAAGCUUUCAACAUCUUGACUUCAUCGUAA